UGCGCACUGCUGCACCUUUGCCGCCUGCUUCUCCCCGUGCGUCAAAACAUGGCAACUCUUUAAACCUUUCCCUCUCACGGGAGGAAGCUGCAGAUCGCUUCGACCCUGCGAAGCGUUCACAGGUCUCUCCUGCAGCCGCUGUCUGGACUAGACCAUCUUAUAUUCACCGUCAGCGCGGCUAUUACCGCACGGCGUUUUAAUUAGAAACUUCUGGCGAGAUUUUCACACCUGGAAAGAGGGGACGAGAAAAUUACUACUCCUUUCUUCCACGUACGCGAUUUUAACCAAGAACUUGCAGGGGCAUCAUGCAAGUUUACGUUGCUGUGAUAUUCGCUUAUGGAGUGUCGGCACUCAAUACCACAGAAGAGAAGGCGACUUGCCCACUUGGAUAUUUUCCCUGUGGCAAUCUGACAGUUUGCCUCCCGCAGCUCCUGCACUGCAACGGCAUAGAUGACUGUGGAAAUCAGGCUGAUGAGGAGAACUGUGGAGACAAUAAUGGAUGGCCCCAUCUAUUUGACAAAUAUUUUGGCAUGCCGAGUUAUAAUACCAGGACCAAGUCAAACGUAUGCUUGCUGGGGGCCGUUCCUGAGCUCUGCCAGUGCCGAGACCUGGAACUGGACUGUGACAGUGCUCAGCUCCGAGAAAUCCCUGUUGUGGCGAUAAAUGUCACGGUGAUGUCCUUACAAAGAAACCGAAUUGAGAGACUGCACGCAAAAGGAUUCUUUAACUAUCAAAGCUUACAGAAACUAUAUCUACAGCACAACAAUAUUCAAGAUGUGAGUCCUGAUGCAUUCAGAGGACUUUAUAAUCUAACAAGACUAUAUCUGAGCUACAACAAGAUAGCAGUCUUGAUGCCAGGAGUGUUUAAAGACCUACACACGCUGGAGUGGCUGAUCCUAGAAAACAACAAUAUCCAUCAGAUAUCUUCUAUGACAUUUUCAGGAUUGAACUCCCUUGUUUUACUGGUUUUGUUGAACAACUCCCUGACAAAGUUGGAUGACAUCUGUCAGGAAAUGCCCAGACUGAACUGGCUGGACUUGGAGGGAAAUCUAAUUGAAAAGAUUGGAAAUGCCUCUUUCUGCUCAUGCACCAUGUUGACAGUUCUGGUGCUGCAGCGCAACAGGAUCAGUUAUGUACACGAACAGGCAUUCUCAGUCCUCCAAAAGCUUGGAGAGUUGGAUUUGUCCAACAACAGGCUGGUGGCCAUACCUCCCAAUCUAUUUGUCUCACUGGAGGAUUUGCUCCAACUAAACAUAUCGUACAAUCCCAUCGAAGAGCUUCAAGUGGAUCACUUUGACAAGUUACAUAAACUAAAGUCUUUGAGCAUAGAGGGGAUAGAAAUCGAUAAUAUACAGCGAAGGAUGUUUGAACCUCUCAGAUACUUGACUCACAUCUAUUUUAAGAAGUUCCAGUACUGCGGCUAUGCCCCUCACGUGCGCAGUUGCAAGCCCAACACAGAUGGCAUCUCGUCUUUUGAGGACCUGCUGGCCAACAUCGUCCUGAGGGUCUUUGUCUGGGUUGUUUCUGCCACCACAUGCUUUGGCAACAUCUUUGUCAUCUGCAUGCGCUCGUACAUCCGCUCCGAGAACAAACUCCACGCCAUGUGCAUCAUCUCCCUCUGCUGUGCGGAUGGGCUGAUGGGUAUUUAUCUCUUCAUGAUUGGUGCGUAUGACCUGAAGUUUCGUGGCGAGUACAAUCGUCAUGCUCAAGCCUGGAUGGACAGCACUCAGUGUCAGGUCAUCGGCUCUUUGGCAAUGCUGUCCACCGAAGUUUCCGUUCUGCUCCUCACAUAUCUCACCCUGGAGAAGUACAUCUGCAUUGUGUACCCUUUUCACUACCUGACUCCCGGCUCGCGACGAACCCUCAGUAUCCUGCUCGGGAUAUGGGUCUUUGGAUUUAUAGUUGCCUUUUUACCUCUGGCCUGCAAGGGUUUAUUUCGCAACUUCUAUGGCACCAAUGGGGUCUGCUUCCCUCUACACUCUGAGCAGCCAGAGACGCCUUGGGCUCAUGUUUACUCUAUUGUUAUCUUUCUUGGUCUCAACUUGGUGGCUUUCCUCAUAAUAGUCUUCUCUUAUGCAAGCAUGUUCUAUAACAUCCAGAGAACAGGGACUCAAACUACCAAGUACAGCAACCACAUCAAAAAAGAGGUGACCAUUGCCAAGCGGUUCUUCUCUAUCGUCAUCACUGAUUCCCUCUGCUGGAUCCCCAUUUUCAUCCUCAAGAUCCUGUCACUGCUGCAAGUGGAGAUUCCUGGUACCAUCAGUUCUUGGGUCGUCAUCUUUAUUCUCCCCAUCAACAGUGCCCUGAACCCCAUCCUCUACACGCUAACCACGCGGCCUUUCAAAGAAACAAUCCUUCAGGUGUGGGCUAACUACAGACAGAAAAGGCCUCUGCUCAGUGGUCACCCGCCACAUCAUCCUUCGCUCACCUGGCAGGAAAUGUGGCCCCUGCAGGAAAACAGCCACGGUGUCUCCCCGGGGUGUCCGCUGGAGCCGGCAGACACGGCAGCCAAGCUCACCCCCGUGGAGAAUCCAGAUGAGGGAUACAAUAACUUUAAUGCGAGCACGAAACAACAGCAGAAGCAGCAUGCUGUACUGACGGUGUGCUCACAGAAUAAGACGGUGCUCCAUACACUUACUCAUAUUCACACUUUUACACAAACAAACGACCUCCUCUAGGUGUCUAAGAAUAGAACUUCAUUGAUCUGUUUGUAUGUCAGUAUAAUUCACCUCAACCACUUAAAUGUUAAACUUCAUAUUUAUCCUAUUAAAAUGAAACUUAUCCCAUGA